AUGAAUAAAAAUGAAAAGCAAAUUGAACAUUACCGUUAUAAUUAUAAAAAGGGGAAAAUUGGCAAAGGGUCUUAUGCUACAGUUUACUAAGGAGUCGAUACCAAAUCAAAAUAAAAUGUUGCUAUCAAACAAAUUUUUAAAGCAGAUCUUCAAAGUGCAGGUUCUAUCUUAUUUAAAUUAUUUUAGAUAAUGAGGAACAUUUAUUGAAUGAGAUUAACAUGCUUAAAAGAAUAAAAAAUCCAAAUAUAAUUGAGAUUCUUGAUGUUCUUUAAACAAAAGAUCAUUAUUAUAUAAUAUUAGAAUAUUGCAAUAUUGGAGAUUUAGACUCUCUACUUAAAUAGAAGAAUACCAUCAAAUUAGAAGAUCAUAUAACUUUUUUAUAGGAUAUUUUAAAUGCUUUUACAACAUUAAUUAGAUAAGGAAUAGCACAUAGAGAUCUGAAACCAGCAAAUAUUUUAGUUCAUUAAGAAGGAAAAAGAAAGAUCUUUAAAUUAGCUGAUUUUGGUUAUGCAAAGACAAUAUUUAAUUACAAUGCAUAAAUAUUAAAGAGUAAUUUGGGAACACCUGCAUAUAUGAGCCCUUAAUUACUUAAAGAGGAAUAAUACACAACAAAAAGUGACAUAUGGAGUUUUGGAAUAAUUUUAUAUUAAAUUAUAUUCAAUACUUGUAUAUAUAUAUUAGUUAAUUUAGUGCCUUGGGUAGGAAAAUCAGAGAAUGAUUUAGUAUAACAAAUAAUUAAUAUUCCAAUAUCAUUUCCUUAAAAUCCAUAGGUAUCACCAAUUUGUUAAGAUUUAAUUAUUAAUUGUUUAUAAGUUAAUGAAGAAAAAAGAUUAAAUUGGGAUGAUUUAUUUAGACAUCCUUAUGUAUGUAAUUAUUUUGGAAAAGUGAAUAUUUAAUAGAAUAGUAAUUUAAAAAAGAUAUUUAUAUUAACUCAAAGCCUUAGAUAAAAGAUUGGAUAAGAAGAAUAGAUGGAUAAAUUUUUAAUUAAUUUAAAUAUAAAAAAUAAUUAAUGUGAAUUAAACUCUGAAGAAUUCAGUAAGUUAAUUAAGAAAAUAAAUGAAGGUGAUGGUUUAAGCGAUAAUGAUAUUUAAUUUUUAUUUUAGGAAUGUCAAAUUAAUGGAAAAGUAAAUUAUAAAGAAUUUAAGACUUAUAUAUUUAAUUAUCAUCCUAAAAGAGUAAAAAUUGUAAGACAUUUGUCUACUUCCAAUAUUAAAAUAUUAUCAAAAUUAGAUGCAGCAUUAACAUAAUAUAAUAUAAGAGAGUUAUUUGAAUAGUUUGCUACUACAAAAUAAGAUACAUUAGAAAGACAUCAAUUUUAAAAAAUGAUUAAGAUGUUUGCAAAUACAAAUUCAUUAACAAAUUAAAAUGUAUUUAUUGUGUAUUAAUUAAAUUUAGAUAAAAGAAAUAAUUGAUUUUUUUGAUGAUAAUGGAGAUGGAAUGAUUUAAUUUUCUGAAUUUAAUAAUGUUUUGAGAUAUGUUUAAUAAAUUGAUAGAAAUUUAGAUGAUAAUAGAUUGGAUACAAUAAAAGAAUUAGAUGAAAUAUCAAUUAUUCAAGAUUGUAAUAAUUAUAUAAACAUUAAUCAAAAAUUUGAAAGAAGAUCAGAUUAAAAGAUCAGUAUAUGCGAAUGUGUUAGUUUUUGA